CUCAAUAGUGGUUACAAUUUCCCUUUAAUUGGUUUUGGUACUUUUGGUGGCAAUGACGCGCCUGAACAAGUCUAUAAUGCUAGCAAGAUUGCUUUAAAAGCUGGAUAUAAGCAUUUUGACACGGCUUAUAGCUAUCAAACAGAACACUCAUUAGCAAAGGCUAUCAAAGAAAGUGGUAUUCCUCGCGAAGAAUUGUUCAUUACUACUAAGCUCUGGCAGAAUUUUCAUGAACCUCAACAUGUCGGUCCUGUGUUUGAACGCUCUUUGAAAAGUUUGGAAACAGAUUAUGUAGAUCUGUACUUGAUGCACUUCCCUAUGUCCUGGAAAUUUACGGGAUACGAAUUUGAAGACUUCAAAGACAUUGACAACCCCGAAGUAACUAAUGUUCCUAUUAUUGAUACUUGGAGAGCCAUGGAACAACUUGCCAAGAGCGGUAAGGCGCGUUCAAUAGGUGUAUCAAACUUUACGAUUCCCAUGCUGGAAGAACUUUUAAGCCAGUGUGAGAUCCCUCCUGCUGUCAACCAGGUUGAACUUCAUCCUUACUUGCCUCAAGAAGAUUUGGUCGAAUAUUGCAAAAAGAAAAACAUUGUACUAACCGCGUAUUCUCCACUUGGUAAUCCUGGUUACAGAAACAACAUGAUCAAUAUUUUCGAGCACCCCACUGUUCUUAAGCUCGCUGAAAAGUACAACAAGGCACCAGUGCAAGUUGUACUUAACUAUGGUAUUAACAGAGGAUACGCCGUUAUUCCAAAGUCUACGACAGAAUCGCGUAUUGUAACCAACUUGACCUAUUUCAAGAUGGAUCCUGAAGAUAUUGAAGCACUGACAGAAAUUGGACGA